AUGCAAUAUGCGAGCUACCUUGGAAGUCACUUCCAAACUGGUUAUAAAUACCGUCCACAGGCUCGUUUGAGCAACGCGCCUUGGACAUUCCAAUCCUUUGUUAACCCUCACCUGUGCGAAGACGGUUUUGUCCAGCCAGAAGUGGACAACAGCUCAGUCGCCAGCCUCGGUCAUGUUCAGUACCUUGUGCAAUAA